UCCACGUUCGAAUAUAAAAAUGGAAACAAUGUCGAAUCCUUAUCCAAAAAAAAUGCACGACAAUUACGAAGACGAGGAAGAAAGGAAACAUUUUCAGCGUAUUGUCUCGGCUUUCAAAUAUUACAAAAAUCAUUCACUAAUAAGGGUUAAAAAGACAGAAUCCUAUUUGCUAUCACUUCCUGCUCAUCACCAGAAGCUAUUAUCAAAGUAUAGAGAACAUCUGCAAGAAGUUAAAAGGUGUAUUGAGAACAAUGAUGAGAUAAUUAAGCUGAUCAUAAAGGAUGUAGCACAUAUUUUUGAAAAUGUGAGCCCAGCUACUGCACAGACUGACAGUGUAAGAAAAGUUUACCUGACAUUAAAUCCUCGUCCAGUAAUGGCUGAUCAAGAAAAGGUGCAAGCUACAAUUAAGCACCUGGUUCGCGAUUGGAGUGUAGAAGGCACUGAAGAACGCAUGGCGUGCUAUCAGCCUAUCAUAGAUGAAAUUAUGAAUCAAUUUCCAGCAGAAUAUUGUACACCAUCAGAAGUGCAAAUUCUAGUACCUGGAGCAGGUUUGGGAAGACUAGCAUAUGAAAUUGCAAGACGUGGAUAUACUUGCCAAGGAAAUGAAUUUUCUCUCUUCAUGCUCUUUGCUUCCCAUUUUGUAUUAAAUAAGUGUAGGGGGGUAAAUUCAUAUCAAGUACAUCCAUGGGUACAUCAGUAUAUGAAUAAUUUAAAACCAGAACAUCAAACUCAAGCUGUAUUCUUCCCAGAUGUAAAUCCUAGUGAUCUUCCAGAAAAUGCACAGUUCUCUAUGGCAGCAGGCGAUUUUCUGGAGGUUUAUACAGAAGACAAUCAUUGGGACUGUGUUGCGACUUGCUUUUUUAUAGACUGCGCGAAUAAUGUUGUACAAUUUAUUGAGACUAUCUAUAAAAUUUUAAAGCCAGGAGGUAUAUGGAUAAAUCUUGGGCCACUGUUGUAUCACUUCAGCGAUAUGCCAAUGGAAGAUUCAAUAGAACCAAGUUACGACGUUGUCCGUGAUGUAAUUCAAGGCUUUGGAUUUCAAUUAGAGAAAGAAGAAACGCGUGUGAAAACGCGCUAUGCACAGAAUGUUAAUUGUAUGUUGCAAUGUGAAUAUAAUAGUGUAUAUUUUGUUUGUCGAAAACCUAAGAGACGUAUCGAUAAUGACAUGAGUCAUAGAAAUGGCUUUGAAAGUAAUGGUAUGCAAGAACAAGAAAACUAACUAUUGACAACUUGCUGUGUUUUAUUUGUAAGACAGUUCGAUGUAAUUGUAAAUGCAUUACAUAAUAGUUUCUUUACUACGAAAGCAAAGCUGUUAUACUUUAUGAAUCAAGUCAAUAUUAGAGUUUUCAGGCUUUCACGGCCCAGUAUGUUACAGUUUAUAUUGUUUGAGGCUUUCAGGUGCAAGCCUCGAACAGUAUAAAAUCAAUAUUAGGUGAUUUGAAUCUAGAAACAAAAUCGUUAAAUAGAGUUAAAAAUUCAACUCAUAUUUUUUUAUCAAAGAUUUUAUUUCAGUAUAAGUAACUGCUA